CCGGACAAACCCUAAACAAUUUCAACACGCACACACAGAGAAGCAGAACGAGUCGUGAUUCGCUAAUGGAGAGAGAAUCGCUGAGUUGAAUCCGACCCAGAAAGAUCCGAGUCAAAGUGCUGCGCGAGAAUUCCUCAAUGGGUGCUGCGGGCUCCAAACUCGAGAAAGCAUUGGGCGACCAGUUCCCCGAAGGCGAGCGAUACUUUGGCCUCGAGAAUUUCGGCAACACCUGCUACUGUAACAGUGUUUUGCAGGCACUUUACUUCUGUGUUCCAUUUCGUGAACAGCUGCUAGAGUAUUAUGCGAAUAAUAAAAAUGGUGUUGAUGCUGCUGAAGAGAAUCUACUGACAUGCUUGGCAGACUUAUUUAGCCAGAUAAGUUCACAGAAGAAGAAAACAGGUGUCAUCGCUCCAAAGCGCUUCGUACAGAGAUUGAAGAAACAAAAUGAACUUUUCCGAAGUUAUAUGCACCAGGAUGCACAUGAAUUCUUGAACUUUUUGCUAAACGAACUUGUCGACAUACUGGAGAAAGAGGCUGAAGCAGCAAAAGCUGAUGCAGCAGAAACUUCAUCACCAUCUGAAAAAACUGCAAAUGGGCCAAAGAAUCCUCAGGCAAAUGGUGUUCUGAAAGAGCCUUUGGUUACCUGGGUGCAUAAAAAUUUUCAGGGAAUACUUACCAAUGAGACAAGAUGCUUGCGGUGUGAGACUGUGACGGCAAGAGACGAAACUUUCUUUGACUUGAGUCUCGACAUUGAGCAAAACAGUUCUAUAACUAGUUGUCUGAAAAAUUUUAGUUCUACAGAGACUUUGAAUGCAGAGGACAAAUUUUUCUGUGACAAGUGCUGCAGUUUGCAAGAAGCCCAGAAGAGGAUGAAGAUAAAGAAGCCUCCUCAUAUCCUGGUCAUCCACCUUAAGCGUUUCAAGUACAUUGAGCAGCUUGGCCGGUACAAGAAGCUUUCUUACCGCGUUGUGUUCCCGCUAGAGCUUAAGCUGAGCAACACAAUGGAAGAUGCAGAUUCUGAGUAUUCCUUAUUUGCUGUAGUUGUCCAUGUCGGGAGUGGACCCAAUCACGGGCACUACAUCAGCCUUGUGAAAAGCCAUAACCACUGGUUAUUUUUUGAUGAUGAAAAUGUGGAGAUGAUCGAUGAGUCUGCGGUACAAACAUUUUUUGGGUCAGCCCAGGAGUAUUCCAGUAAUACAGAUCAUGGGUACAUCUUGUUCUAUGAAAGCCUCGGUGCAAGCAGCAAGAGCUGAGAAGAGCUAUUGUUUUACAGAGAGUAGGUGAUCAAUUGGACUUAUUUUUUCUCUCGUCUAUCUUAUCAUUUUUUUUUCCUUCUACUCUCACUUACCAACCUUGUGAGGAGCUCAUUGAUAUCAGUGAGUUGAUUUGGGUUGUUAAAAUUUGUAUACUUGGGUUGUUGCCAUGUACAGUGGAUGGAGGAAGCCCACCAUCCUUUUGUUUUCCUUUUUUUUUUUUUCACAAUAAGAGGGAAAAGAGCAGUGUAUAUGGUGUGAGAAUAUCACAGACAAUUUGUAUUCUUCAUGCUUGAGAAUGUUUUAACAUUAGCAAUGCAACUAGAAGCUUGUGACAAUUUUCACAUGUUAUAAAAUGAGUGAUGCAUU